AUGGUAGGCCCACCAAGAAACUUACUUCUUCCCAUCAUUUUCACCUCCAUUGGUGCCAUCGUCCUCUUCUCCCUCCACCAAUCCGCUCACCCCAUCCCUAACCCUGAUUUCACUCCAAUUAACACCCCAAUCAAAGCCCUAAAUCCCCCAUUUAUCCCUCAAAACUUUACUUUCCUAAUCAAAGUUCUUGCCUUUAACCGCCUGGACUCACUCUCCAGGUGCCUCAACUCCCUCUCUGCCGCCAACUACGGCGGCGAUACUGUCCACCUCCACAUCCACAUUGAUCAUUUUGCCCUCGUCAAUGAAUCCACCAACGUUAUUGAUCAAAAACUUGAGGAAUCACGAAAAAUUUUGAACUUUAUUGAUGGGUUUGAUUGGAAAUUUGGAAACAAAGUUGUGCAUUAUAGGACUAAUAAUGUUGGGUUGCAAGCUCAAUGGCUAGAAGCUUGGUGGCCAAGUUCAGAUCAUGAAUUUGCCUUUAUUGUGGAGGACGAUUUGGAGGUUUCGCCUUUCUUUUAUAAAUUUGUGAGGGGCUUGAUAGUUAAUUACUAUUACAAUGUGUCAAACUCUAGUCUCUCUAUCUAUGGUGCGUCACUUCAGCGUCCAAGGUUUGUCCCAGGUAAACACGGAAACAAAAUACAAUUGGAUAGUGAAACACAUCUUUUCUUGUACCAGUUGGUUGGUACUUGGGGUCAGGUUCUCUUUCCAAAACCUUGGAAAGAGUUUAGGUUGUGGUAUGAUCUGCACAAGUCCAAGGGCAUCAAGCCAUUUCUUGAUGGAAUGGUGACUAAUGGGUGGUACAAAAGGAUGGGAGAAAGGAUCUGGACUCCUUGGUUCAUUAAAUUCAUUCACUCUAGAGGUUAUUUUAACAUCUACACAAAUUUUCAGCAUGAGAGAGCACUCAGUGUCUCUCACAGGGAUGCUGGUGUUAACUAUGGGAAAACUGCUGGGCCUGACUCCCAAUUAUUGGAGGGAAGUUCUCUUGACUUCAACUUACUGGAAAUGCAACCAUUGAGUAAUUUGAAAUUGUAUGAUUACUGCUUCAGAGAAGUGCUUCCUGGAAGAGUUGGAAGGACCUUGGAUGAAGUUGGGUCUAUUCUUUGGACUGUGCAGAAAGAUCGGAGUGUUCUGCUUGUGAGUAUAUUUGGGGCAUCAGAUACAAUCACGAGGAACAUGCUUUGCCACUUUGAGAGGCUAAAUAUAAGGAACUAUUUAUUGAUGGGCCCUCGGUCUGAUUUUCUAUUUGAUCUUGCUAGAAGAGGGCAUCCUGUGAUUGAUGCUGACCAGUUUUUCAAUUAUCUCAGAGCACAGAAAGUAAUGGGAUUUCAGCAUUCCAGUGCAAAGCUGAUGAAGAACGUUUUAGUGAAUGCUUAUGUAAUCAAGAAGUGUUUAGAAAAUGGGUAUGAUUCUUUGAUGGUGGAUGCAAACAUGCUUUUUCUCAGUAAAGUUCAGGAGUUCAUGAAUCCUACUAAUGACUUCUAUGCUGGGAAGAGCUCGCGAUUUCUCUCGGUUAGGAGCUCUUCUUCUGCUCAAGAAAUUUGGCUUGGUCUCCUGAAGAAGGUUGCUGCCACAAUAGGCAAGGUGUCGUUACAGGGAGAGAGCACAAAUUUUGUUUUCUUAGUGGUAAAGUUCUUGGAACAGACUGGUGUAACAAUUCACAGGGUUGAUGAGGCAAGCAUUGGCAUCCAGAUUAGUGCCAAUACUAUUAAUCAAUCAUCUUCGGAUGCUGGGAAGAAAAUGGUUUAUUGGUCUGCAGACACAGGUUUGGAUUUGAUUCAAAAACGGCUGCAAGAAUUGAGUUUGUGGGUUGUAGAUGUUGACUCUUCUUGCACUGCUGUUGUUUGUCACCAGUCAUAG